AUGGCCUCUAGCGCGGAUUUCUCAACUUCCGCAAUGGACUUCACUGAUGAGACAGAGGAGGAGAUAGCUGCGAAAAAUUUAUUAUUUUAUCAGGAUAAUACAAAAAACUUUCGUUCGAGAAACAACUCGACAUCGUCCCUCGAAUCGGAACAAAAGCGUAAAUGCGAAAAUCAAUCGGACCCAUCCAUGCCGCCUCCUUCUUCUGCCAAAGUGCAUUUAAAAUCACCCGCUAAUACAAAUUCGGGAAUUAAUAAAUCUAAAAUCAAACUCGCGAAAUACGAAAAUUCAAAUAAAGGCAAAUGUCCAAUUUUCUUACAGCGCGAUCCCAAUUCGAAAGAUUUGUCGAAAGACUUAAACCAUGUGUCGGUCGGUAAAAUCAUCCACAACCUUUACCCGGGUAAGGUUGUCGGUAUUUAUCCAAGUGGUCGCGGAAAAGUUCGGGUUAUCACGAAUAGUGGCAGAGCGGCAAACCAGAUUUCAUCUGACCCCACUCUGAAAUCAAAAGGUCUAUUUGCAAUAAUCCCAUCAAGUUUCGUCACAUGUCAAGGCAUUAUUAAUAACAUCGGGAUAGAUAUCUCUACAGAUGAAAUCUUAGAACACGCAGAAGUUGUAGGUGUUAAUAAAGAUAUCAAAAUCAUUGGUGCCAUGAGGUUUAACCGCAAAAAAAUUGACCAGGACAACACGGUUAAGUAUGAACCUUCCACUACCGUUCUUCUAACCUUCCAAGGUACUUGCAUUCCAGAACGCGUUGCAAUUUAUAAAGGUUCAUCCCCAGUGCGUCCCUACGUACCCGACCCACGUAUGUGCCUAAAUUGUUUAAGAUUUGGCCAUAUAGCCAAACACUGCAGGUCCAAACCUCGAUGCCAACAAUGCGGCGGCUCAGCCCCCCAUACAGACGAUUCUAACCCCUGUACCCACGCGUCAGGUCCUCCAAGAUGUGCAAAUUGUAACGGUCCACACAAACCUUCUUCAAAACAAUGUCCAGAAUUCACUUUUCAAAAAGAGGUGCGCUACUAUGCGACACAACACAAAAUGUCCUUCGAUGAAGCCAAAGAAAUUCUUAAACCAAAAAAGGUAACUCGUCAUAUAAAUUCAUUUAACUUUUCCGACUUUCCUGAUUUGGUAGAUCAACAAGCCCCUUCUGCAUCUCUCACACAAAAUCAAACUCUAACCUCCAAAAACGCUUAUUUUCUCAAGUGUCAUCCACUCACAAUAACAAUUCUCAACGGUUAUCAAACAACACGUCACACUCUCGCAUACACGAAACACAAAAAAAACAACUCUUCUUCUUCAUCCUUUUUCGCUACAAAUUGGAACAACGGCAGGUCUAACAUCUCUAUGCCUAACGGUUUUGCUCUUUCCAAACACACAUCUACCUCUCCUUCCUCUCCUCCAUCUGAACCACACACAUCUAACUCCAACCCUCAAUUUCAAGAAUCACUCAAUUCUUUCAUUUCACUUCUAAACAUGCAUGUCACUCAAAUUUCUUCCAACUCACCUCCAGAAAUCGUGAAACAAAAACUUGAAACUCUCUCUAACAUCAUCACUAGCCUCCAUUCUUUGUUAGCUCUUCCAGCUCACAAGGAUGGCUAG